CCGGCGCGCCGGGCGCGGGGUCGGCUGAGGCGGACGCUCGGGUCCGGGGUUGGGCGGCUGUGGGAGCCCGCGGGGAGAGAGCCGUGAGAGCUUCGUCCGGCUGCCAUGGCGUCCCCGCCGCGCGGCGCGCUCCGGGGCUGGGGCCUGGCGCUGUGCUGGGGGCUGGCGCUGUGCUGCCUAUGCCGCGCGGGCCCGCUGUGGAGUGGCAACCAUGAGUGGAAAAAACUCAUUUUGACUCAGCAUUGGCCUCCAACAGUGUGCAAGGAAGGUAACAGCUGUCAAGACUCUCUGGAUUACUGGACGAUCCAUGGACUAUGGCCUGAUAAAGGAGAAGAAUGUAAUCGAUCAUGGCACUUUAAUUUGGAUGAAAUUAAGGAUCUUUUGCGGGACAUGAAGAUAUACUGGCCCGAUGUACUUCAUCCACAUUCCAAUCGCAGCCAGUUCUGGAAGCAUGAGUGGGACAAGCACGGUACCUGCGCCGCCGAGGUGGACGCCCUCAACUCUGAGAAGAAGUACUUUGGGAAGAGCCUGGACCUGUACAAACAGGUCGACCUCAACAGUGUACUCCUAAAAUUUGGAAUUAAGCCAUCAAUCAAUUACUAUAAUAUUUCAGAUUUUAAAGAUGCCCUUACCAGAUUCUAUGGCGUGGUUCCUAAAAUCCAGUGCCUCCUGCCAGAAAAGGGAGAAGAGGUGCAAACCAUUGGCCAGAUAGAGCUGUGCUUCACCAAGGAGGACUUGCACUUGCGAAACUGCACUGAGCCUGGGAGGCAGCAGUCCCACAAGUGGGAUGUGCAGCAGGCCAAGGGGGCUGCGGCUCAGGGGAUGGUGGUGUGUGACGAUGGCCCCAUCUUCUACCCGCCCCCCACCAGGACCCCGCAUUGAUGCCCACAUUUUGGAAAUACCGUUUUCAAAGGAAGAGAAAGUCACAAUUCACUACUUUCUAAAAUGGACUCUAAAGCCCUUUUAA